AACCGUCUCCCCGCCCCGCGCCCCGCCUCCGCCCGGCGCACCCCGCGCCCCGCAGCUCCCGCGGCUCGGGAAGGCGGGAACCGAGCAAAGGUCCCCGCGGCCGGGCCCUCCCCGGGGACGCCCGAGAGUCGGGGCGCGCAGCUGCGGGAGGUAAUCCAGAGCUCUCAAAAUGUUUGCCAAAGCAACAAGGAAUUUUCUCAAAGAAGUUGAUGCUGAUGGUAACCUGAUUGCGGUAUCCAACUUGAAUGAUUCAGAUAAAUUACAGCUUCUAAGUCUGGUGACCAAAAAGAGAAGAUUCUGGUGCUGGCAGAAACCCAAAUACCAGUUUCUGUCUCUCACACUAGGAGAUGUGCUUACAGAAGACCAGUUUAUGAAUCCAGUGGUCGUGGAGUCGGACUUUGUGAAGUAUGAAGGCAAGUUUGAGAACCACGUGAGCGGGUCCAUUGAGACGGCCCUGGGGAGAGUGAAGCUGAACGUGGGCGGCAAAGGCCUGGUGGAAAGUCAGUCUUCGUUCGGGACCCUCAGGAAGCAGGAGGUGGACUUGCAGCAGCUCAUCCGGGAGGCCGUGGACAGGACAAUAAACCUGAAAAACCCCGUUUUGCAGCAGGUGCUGGAGAGGCCCGAGGAGGUGCUGUGUGUCCUGACUCAGAAGAUCAUGACAACGCAGAAAUGUGUGAUCUCGGAGCACGUACAGAUUGAAGAGCGCUGUGGUGGCAUGGUGGGGAUACAGACCAAGACUCUGCAGGUGUCAGCCUCUGAGGACGGCAACUUGGUCAAGGACUCAAACGUGGUGCUGGAGAUCCCGGCUGCUGCCACCAUCGCCUACGGCGUCAUUGAGUUAUAUGUGAAACAGGACGGGCAGUUCGAGUUCUGCCUCCUGCAAGGGAAGAGCGGCGGCUUCGAGCUGGAGCAGAAGAGCCGCUACGCAUCCAUGGACCCGCUGCCCUUCCGCGAGUUCCACUUCGGGGACAUGCCCGAUGGCACACAGGAGCCCUUGAGGGUUCUAAAGCAAGCCGCCCGCCUCCUGGAGGAGGAUUUCCAGCCCUUCACGGAGCUGCCGACCCAGCAGCAGACAGCUCUGCACGAUGUGCUCCAGACCGUCUUGUUCGACGAUGAGUUACUUCUGGUCCUGGAGCAAGUGUGUGACGACCUGGUGAGGGGCUUGUCACCCCAGGCCGUGCUGGGGAAGCUGCCGCCACCACAGCAGGAGGCUGCCACCGCCUUCUUGCAGCUGGUGGGGUGCCACAUGCAGGGAUCUGUAGCCGAGGAUGAGGCCAGCACCCCGAAGCUGCUGUCCACCGCCUACUUCCUCCUCAGUGCCCUGGCAGAAAUGCCAGAUAAUGCUUCAGCUCUGCUGGGUACUUGCUGUACACUCCAGAUCAUUCCUACGCUGUGCCACUUGCUCCGGGCUCUGUCUGAGGAUGGGGUGUCAGACCUCGGGGACCCAGUCUUGGUGCCUCUGCAGGAUGCAGAAAGAUUUGGGAUCGUGCAGCGGCUGUUUGCCUACGCCAACAUUCACCUGGAGAGGUUGCAGACAUCUGUGAAAGCCAGCAGCCAUCAGGACCCUCAUGUGUUCCCACUAAUUCUCUGUAUCAGCUUGAAUGGGCUCCGUGCUUUGGGACGAGCUCAUGAGUAACGUCAUAUGGGAAUUACAAGUAUACACUGUU